AUGCUGUUAGCGGCAGUAUGUCAUGGGAAACCAGCCCCGCUGGAAAAUGAGCGCGCUGUAGUUGAAAUUAAAAACUCAGGACACAAAGAUCGCAAUCAACAUAAUCAUCACCACAGCCACGAAAACCAAAGCGGAAGUGACGAAGAGAGCCACGAGAAUCAUGAGCACGGGCACAAUCAUGGCCAACAUGAACAUAAUCAUGGCCAACAUGAACAUAAUCAUGACCAACAUGAACAUAAUCAUGGCCAACAUGAACAUAAUCAUGGCCAACAUGAACAUAAUCAUGGCCAACAUGAACACAACCACGGCCAACAUGAACACGAACAUAACCACGAAGGACAUGAACACAACCACGGGCAGCAUGAACACGAACAUAACCACGAGGGACAUGAACACAACCGCAGCCAGCAUGAACAUAAUCACGGUCCAUAUGAACACAAACAUGGCCAACAUGAAUACAACCACGGUCCAUACGAACACAAACACAAAGAGUACAAUCAUAGCCACGAAAACCACAAACAUGGCUCCGAAGGACAUAACCAUAGUCACGAAAGACCCGAACAUAACCGUAAAGGACAUAAACAAGAAUUAUUAGUAAAACCAUAA